ACGUGGGAAGCGGAGCGCUGGCUGUAUGAGACACACAAAUCUACCCCGCCUCCCGGGGGCUGUGGGCUCAGGGCUGGUCCAUUUGGUGGCCCUGACACCUGUGUGACAGCUCGGACACGGCCACCCCCUCACUCGCCCCCACCGUCCUGCCGCCUGCCCGGCGGGGACCGACUCACGGUGCACAGGACGGCAUCCGGGGAGCCCUUUACGGUCUUCCCAAGCUCCAGACGGCGGUUUUUGCUGCUGGGCUAGCGAAGCUGUGGCUCUGGAGGAGGAACCGUGGCGUUAGCGGCAGCAGCGGGGAGGAGGAGCCAGAGCUGGCACAGAGCUGCCGCUGCCGCUUGCGGGGAGCGGAUUAUCGCCUCCAGGAGGGACCGGAGCCGUGCGAGAGGGGCUGCACGGGCAGCGGCUCCUUCUCUCUGAUCCCUGCCGUUCCCCAGGAGUAUCAAGAACCUGAGAGGGUGAAGGCCUGUCACAAAACAGGUUUGUAACAAUGGUAAAGGCGGAUAUUGUAAAUGACAAUGAAAAUCCUGAGCCAUCAGUAUGUGACAGAAGUGGUACGAUUCCCAUGCUUGAGCAAAGCGAGGAGGGUCCAACAGCAGAUGCCAAAGGUGGCGAUGGGAAUAUACAAACAGAAGAAACUGCUCUCUUGAAUCAUUGUGCUCAGCCACCGCCGGAACCAACAGCAGGGUCUUCAAUACCUGCGAGAACAUGGAGGCAAAUAUUUAGUUGUCCUCCUCAGGGUUUACUGGCCCAAACAGUGACAAAUGUUGCAAUCGUGGUCCUGGUUUGGGCUGUGGUUUGGUCAAUCACUGGGGCUGAGUGUCUCCCAGGUGGAAACCUGUUUGGAAUUCUGUUCCUUUAUUUUUUCGCUGUCAUCGGAGGUAAAAUUUUUGGAUUCAUUAAAAUACGAACACUUCCUCCUCUCCCUGCUCUUCUGGGGAUGCUACUUGCUGGUUUCCUAAUCCGAAAUACUCCAUUCAUUAGUGACAUUGUCCAGAUAAACCUACGCUGGUCUGCAGCACUGAGGAAUGUCGCUCUUUCAAUUAUCUUGACCCGAGCAGGACUUGGCCUGGAUCCAAAGGCUCUUAAGAAGCUCAAAGCAGUCUGUUUGCGGCUUUCUUUCGGACCGUGCAUCUCAGAAACGUGCACAGCUGCUGUUCUUGCCUACUUGUUCAUGCAUUUGCCGUGGCAAUGGGGAUUUAUACUAGGUUUUGUUUUAGGUGCAGUCUCCCCUGCUGUGGUGGUUCCCUCAAUGCUGAUUUUACAGGCUGGGGGAUAUGGGGUAGAGAAAGGUAUCCCAACUUUGCUAAUGGCAGCUGGCAGCAUUGACGACAUUCUGGCUAUCACAGGCUUCAACACUUGCCUUGGGAUGGCUUUCUCUUCCGGUUCUACUCUUUACAAUGUGCUCCGUGGAGUGCUGGAGGUUGCUGUUGGCAUAGCAGCUGGGGGGAUUCUGGGAAUGUUUGUUCGAUAUUUCCCAAGCCAUGAUCAGGCAUCUCUGGCAUGGAAGAGGUCAUAUUUUGUACUUGGGCUGUCCAUGUUUGCUGUUUUUGGCAGCAUUUACUUUGGCUUCCCUGGAUCAGGAGGGCUCUGCACAUUAGUCUUAGCUUUUGUUGCAGGUGUGGGUUGGUCUGAUGAAAAGAGGGAAGUAGAAAAAAUUGUCGCAGUUGCAUGGAAUAUCUUUCAACCUUUUCUUUUUGGUUUAAUUGGAGCAGAAGUAUCUGUUACAUCUCUUAGGCCUGAAACUGUUGGGCUCUGUGUUGCUACAUUAGCCAUUGCCCUAGUUGUGCGAAUCAUAGCAACGUUCCUGAUGGUGUGUUUUGCUGGGUUUAAUUUUAAGGAGAAAGUAUUCGUCUCAUUGGCAUGGAUGCCCAAAGCCACUGUCCAGGCUGCAAUAGGUUCCCUUGCCCUGGAUACAGCGAGAAGUCAUCAGGAUGAGCAACUGGAAAAAUAUGGAAUGGAUGUACUGACAGUAGCUUUCUUGGCUAUCUUGAUCACUGCUCCAAUUGGAGCCCUGGCUAUUGGCUUGGCAGGGCCCAGACUUUUGCAGAAGGCUCAGACAAAUAGGCAGGAGGAUGAGAAAGGUGCUGAGGCUGCAGAAGAGGCAGAGGCCUGUGAACCUUCGUAAGAGACAACUACAGGAAUAUGGUCCUUCAGCCCUUACACUUCUGUUGAGUAAACACAGCGUGUCUGUAAUCUUUCUGGAGGAAACCAAAACAAGUGUCAGUUAUGUCUGCUAUUUUAAAAGCAGUCCUGGUAGAGUUUUAUAAAAUAUUUGUAUGUGUUGAUGGUGCCUUAAGAGAUGAAAUAGCUGAACAUACAGUGAAUAGGCUCGUCAGGCAGUGAGUCACUGAGAAGUUAGCAUUCAACAGUUACUUGAAAUGUGUGGGUGUGAGGCCAGGGAGAAGAUCAGAAUUUUUCAGCCAUGGAGUGGAGUCAUGAGGUGGAAUAUAAACAGAAGAAAAUGGAGACAAAUGUGAGUAGCUUCUUGACAGUUGAAACUGGGCUAUGAGAUGACAAGUUCAACAGCUCAAAGAAUGCAACUUGUGAAUUAGAGACUGCUGACAUACAGUGAACAAGUCCUGCCAUGGGUUGGUGAUUCCCUCUCCUUCGUCAUUUGGGUUCCAAAACUUGCCUUUUCCUAUUGCUGUUCUUCCUCACAGCUCACGCACCCCUUUGUACCUUCAAGGGUCCGUCAGCUUUGGUCAUAGCAAGAAACAGCAGGUGGUGCUUAUGUGCUGAGAGACAGUUGGGUCUGUCAGAGACUGUGGCAAUACAGGCGUUGCUGGUGCUGGUAGAAAAAAGGACAGAGCUUGAA